AUGCAUUUAUUUUAUUAUUAUUUAAAUAACCUGAAUUUUAGUAAAGAUGAAAUAGAUAUCAGUGGGAAGAGCGAGCAAAGAGAUGCCCUUAAUGAAGGGGAAAUUGGGGAAGAAGAAAGUGGGGGAAAACGGGUUGACAAAGAAAAUGUUGAGAAAAAAGGAGACGACGAAAAUGACAUUAACAUGGAUAAUAGCAACAUAAGUACUCCGUCAAAAGAUGACAACAAUUUUAAGUGUACCAAUUAUGAGUUACAAGAUAAAAAAUUAAGAUCAUAUGAAAACCAUUGGAAAGAAGGAAAUACAUUAAAUAACUUAUUUGGUGACGAGAGAAAUGAUUAUAUAAAAUAUAAUACAAGUCCAGGAUUAUUAGAAACUAGCGAAACUAUAAAUAAUGAACAAAGUAAAAAUAUAGAAGAUAAUAAAGGAAAUAUUUCUUAUCAAAUAAAUGAUAGAGAAAAAGUUAGUAUGUACAAUUUUAAUCCUCGUCAAUUGGGGUAUCAACCAAAUAAUGGUUUAAACCCGGCUCAGGGUUAUGUAUUUAUUUAUCCCCAUAUAACUAAAAACUCUAAACCGCCACGAAUUAAAAAAAAAAGAUUAACAUGUUGUUAA